UCAGACUGACAACAAGUAUGCAAUGGCUGACAGUUCUCAAAGUCGCCGAGUUGAAAUGAGAGACUCGGCUGUGUUAAGUGAAACAGGAUCGGAUAAAGGGGAGAACACACUACAAACCAAAGACAAUGUGCUUGACAAUGGAUAUGUUGAGGAAAGAUUUCGUGUCGACAGAAAAAAGUUGGAGCAAAUGCUUCAAGGAAAUUGGGAACGUCAAGAUGAAGCAGCAGAAGAUUUUUUCCAACGGAUAAUGGAUGAAACAAACACACAGAUCUCAUGGCCUUCCAAGCUAAAAAUUGGUGCUAAAUCAAAGAAAGACCCACACAUCAAGGUGAUAGGGCUGCCAGAUGACAUCCGGGUCGCAAAAGAUCUCAUCAUGUCUGUCCUAGAUACAAAGAGUAACAGAGCCACAUUAAAGAUGGACGUCUCAUACACAGAUCACUCACACGUGAUCGGGAAAGGGGGAAACAACAUCAAGCGGGUCAUGCAGGAGACUGGCUGUCAUGUGCACUUCCCCGACUCUAACAGGGGGAAUCACGUUCAGGAGAAAAGUAAUCAGGUGUCGAUUGCAGGCCAGCCUCAAGGUGUUGAAGCAGCCCGGGCAAAAAUCAGGGAGUUGCUACCCCUGGUGUUUAUGUUUGAGAUCCCUGUGACCCCAAUCCCCAUACAGCUCCCAGACCUGGGCUCUAGUACCCUUCAGCAGUUUCAGCAACAAUACAGCGUGAACAUCAGCUACCGACAACGACAGCGGGGCUACGGCACAACUGUGAUAGUGCGGGGCUCGGUCUACAACGAAAAACUUGUGAAGGAGGCCGCACUCAAAAUGAUAGAGGUUACGCUAGGAAAAUUGCCUACACCAUUGCCUGUCUCAAUGCAGCUAGAGAUUGCUCCCCAGCACCACUUGUUCAUCAUUGGCCGCGGUGGGAUGAAUAUCAAGCAGAUCAUGCAGGUGACAGGGGCGGUAAUCCAUUUUCCUGACCCCAACACGGUCGCCCCCCAGAGAAAGGGGCUCGUCUACAUUUCUGGGCCAAUAGAGAGUGUAUACCAAGCCCGUCAACAACUCAUUGGUUGUCUGCCCCUGGUGUUGAUGUUUGAUGUGAAGGAGGAGUUGGAAAUGGACCAGGGGCGUAUAGCACAGCUUAUGGAGCAUUUAGAUGUUUUUAUCAGCGUAAAACCUAAACCCAAACAACCAAGCAAAUCUGUGAUAGUAAAAAGCAUUGAACGGAACGCAUCCAACAUGUACCUGGCCCGGUUACUGUUGCUUGGCAUCGAGAAAGAGUUGCCACGGCAACAAGCUAAUGUCACUACUCAGGAUGGUAACAUCCAGAACAUCCUCAGUCUCAAUGCUUUAGGGUACUUCAGCCAGACAAUCCAGCCGACCUUACAGAUCAGCACCGCCAACCAGCAGCUGCUGCUGUUGAACACGACUGCCAAGUCACCGCCCAGCACGCCCCACAGCCAGCUGGUCCUGGUCAAUGGGCAGAAAUCACCCCCCUCUGCCCAGACCCCCGCCCAAACCCACGGAGCCCAGGUGGUGCUUAUGAACGGACAGAAGACACCCCCACGGGCGACCCCCUCUACUCUUAGUCCCCCGAGCCCACAGAGCCCCAAAGCACCUAGUCCAACCACCCACAUCAUCAACCCCCCACCAGGUAUAUAUGGCCCAGCAGUGAUGGUGGUGCCGCAGGUGUCUGCCCAAAGUGUGGCUGACCUGAUGGCCCAAUGCUCUGUGUCUAAUGUGUCAAGCAUGGCCCCUUGUGUCCCCAGCCCCCAGGAGAAGAGGUCUCCCGUCCCCACCUACCAGACCGCUGGACAGAAUCUCACCACUCGGCAUGAUUAUGUAGUAAGUAGAAGCCAAAGUGAAGCAAACAGUCCGUGUAGGAGCCCAUGUGAGAGCCCCCACCCACUCAGGCAAAACUCCAGUGCAGUUGAUUUAGCUGGCCUAUCAACAUCUGGCAGUUUUGUCUCUCACCCCAAAAUGCCCCUGGAGGGGAGCGGCUCGCCCAUGGACCUGUUUGGCCUCACCAAACCCAGGCCACAUGGGCUAAGCAGUAGUGCCCACACACAUGACUUGCUGGGGCUGAGCAAGACCACUGAUUCCCCCCUAGGUGUGGAUAAACUGCACUACAACAUGGGAGGUGGAGGGUCGCUACAUGGGAGUUUGAGCCACACUUCGCUACAUGCGAGUCUCAACAGCAGUCUGAUGCAUGCAGCGAUGAACGGGGAAUCCAUGAGAGGAAGUCUGCAUGGGAGUUUGAAUGCUAGCUCCCUCCAUGCCAGUCUCAACAAUGGAAGUCUUCAUGGCAGUCUCAAUAAUGGAAGUCUUCAUGGCAGUCUCAAUCUGAACAAUGGAGGUCUCCAUGGCAGUCUCAAUAAUGGCUCCAUGCAUGGAAGUCUCAACAAUGGCUCUCUGCAUGGAAAUCUGAACCGGAAUUCUCUUGUUAAUGGUAUGGAUGGUGACUUGCGAGCACCUGGUAUUGAGAGGCAGGUGAACCAGUCGGGUCUGUACCAGGACGCCUUCCAAACAUUCGGCGGAGAUUAUGAGGAGAAGAAACUCAUGGCAAACAAAGCGAUGCAGAAGAAGCCCAUUGGAGAGAUGUCACGCAUCCCGACGGAUUACUGGUCAGGCCUGAUGUUCUCCAAGUCAAUGCCAACACAGGCCAUGAGGGAAUUUGCAGCCAUGAAGCAGAGAUAUGAGUCACCCAUGGCUACUACUUAUGAGAACCCAGCGGAUGAAAUAUCGGAGCUGGAGAGCCACCCCUGGCAGACUGACCGGUCAUCCAUGUACAGUCGACCUGUGGACCCGGCCCCAGGCGAAUAUCCAAGUCCUAGGAAAAAAUGGCCAGAGUAUGGUCUGAGUGCAAGUAACCACAUUGACGGUGCUCUGGUACCCAGCAAGUCAUACUGGUCCCCAAAACUUGACCUAGCUGAGCUUUUCAUCAAGCUAGGUCUUGGCAAAUACACGGACCUCUUCCAACAACAGGAGAUUGACCUGCCGACAUUCCUCACACUGACCGACCAUGACCUACGAGAACUAGGAAUCUCAACAUUCGGCGCCAGGAAAAAGAUGCUACUGGCUAUCGCAGAUCUGAACAAGAGGAGAAUGCUGGAAGAAUCCGACCCAUUUUCCCGUACAUCCCCAUCUCACGGAUCACAUCAAGAUAUGGUUAGCAUCUCUGGGAGAUGGUGAAAAGUGCCGAGUCAUCAGUGUAGUGCUUAGUCAUGCAUGACAUUUUGUUAAUUUGAAUUAUUUUUAAUUUUUGUUUAAAUGGUAAGAAUUUGUGUUGAAAAGUCAAUGGCCAUAAAUUUAACACUGUGUGUCUUUUACACAGUAUAGAAUGUGCUUAUGUAAGUUCAACAAACCAUUUUAGAAAUUGCAGAUCUGAAUGAACAGACAUUAAAACAGUGUAAAAUGAGCAUAAUUGUGAUAAACUUAUUGAAAAUAUUGUGAAAUGCUCUCAACCAAAGGCAGUCAUUAUUAAAAAUUUAUAUAACUUACCGGUAAAAUGUUUUUGUUGGUAAAUGAAAUUAUAUACAAUACCAAUGAAUCAGAAUAAACCUAAACUCGGGUCUUUAUAUUUUCAGUUAUAUUUUUAUAUUACAUUGAGAAAUGUUCAAACAAAAAGGUUUAACCUAGGAGAUCUGUUGUUCAAUUGCUCUGAUUUUUCAAAUCAAAUGAAAGAAAUUGCAACAAUACAUUAAACAGAAACCUUGGCUAAGAAUUUAAUAUUGUGUCUAGUCAUGUUGUAGUUUAUUUCAGUAAUCAGAUGAAAAUGAUGCCAACGAUAAAUGAAUUAACUUUAUGGCUGAAUUCAUAGCAAUAAAGUUUAUCUUAAAUGCAGAAGAUUUAAUAUUUUUAUAUAUCUUGCUUAGGAUCAGGUCUGAUAUUGUUAAAGCUUACUUAAGAUCAGAUUUUUUUUUGUAAAUUGUGACUAUGCAAAUUGUGAUCUGCUGAAUUUUGUUAACAUCAAGUUAUUUGUUGUUGUCUGUUGUUUUUCUUUCAUGAAUUUGAGUCCUUUAUUGGAGCAAAGUUUAAUUUUAAUUUAAGUAAGUUUUGAAGAUACUUGCAUUUUAGUUGGAUAAACUAUUUUAAGUGCUUGAUUGUUGUAGCAAUUUGAACAAAGCAAAACCUUAUCUGUUAUUGUGUCAAUGAACUUCAGAAUAUUUCAUUUAAAUGCAGGUAUUUUACAAACUUACCGAAGAAUCAUGUUUUCAUUUUGUGAUUGUCCCUUGACAAAAAUCUUGGUCAUCAAACAGCCAUGUGUAGACCAUAAACUAAGUAGCAUUACCAUAGUUACCAUUCAAGUUUAUUGUAGGUUGUGAUUGUGUUAUCAUUUUGUAUAUUGCUUCAUUUCUUUUUAUUUAUUGUUUUGUUUUAUGAUUUAAGGUCAUAUUCCUAUGGCAAAUGGUGCUCACUACAGGAUAAGGCUGACGUUGUCACGUUAAAAUCCUUAUUUCAAUGAGGUUUUUGUUUUUAUUUAACACUGCUUGGUUAGUUAGAAAUCAACAGAACUUAGCGAAACUUUACUGAGUACUUUAUUUGUCCAAUUUGUAUUGAGUUUUGAAGUUGAUAAAACUAGCUCACAUAUUUUGUUGUGAUCUUGAUGUUACACAAUGUCGACAAUAAGUAUUGACCUGAAAGUAAUAACUACGUAAUACAUUACAGUGUCAGUAAUAUAUCAAGCAAUUACAAUGAAGCCAGAUUUUUCAUCGCAAAUGCCGGGUUAUAGAUUGCGAAAAUAGUUUUUUAUGUCAUUUGUAAUUUUGAAUCAACCUUUUUUUAGUCGUAAAUGCAACAUUUAUAUUUAAUAGAUGUUCAUGAGCUUUGGUCUGAAUAUUUCUCAGCAUGAUCUUUAAGAUCAAUGUGAAAAUGGGUCAGCAGCAUUACCGGUAUACUUGUUCCUAUAAACAUUCAUUUCUGCUGCAAUGUCGCUUCUGUCAAAAUGAAGAUCUGGCUCUGAUGUGGUUUCCACAUUAUCCCCUUGUUAUGUCUUAAUAAAGAUGCCAUAGUAACUUUGUGCUAUGCUUUAAACUCUUAUAUACGUGAAUGAUGUAUAAUACUUUACUAUUGCCAAAAUAACCUUUUGCUUAUAUCAUAAAUGUCUUAUCUAUUGUGAAUGCAGGAUUUUAAAUCCGUCCAGUCUUUGUGAUACUGUAUAUAACCCUCAUGGCAUACAUAUACUGAUUUACAUCUAUGGAGUGGUUAUGUCAAUAUUUUGGUAGCAUGGUAAAUGAAGCCAUAAUAAUUAUGAGUUGUGAUAUUUUUGAUACAUUGUUCUCAUUUGUUUUUGAAAAUAUGUAUAUAACUUCUUAUGAUUUACUUAUAUUUAAUGGAGUUUGGAAGUUAAUGUUUUGAAUAUUGACUGUUGCAUAUUAAUAAGGAGAAGUGAAAGUUAAUUAGAAAAGCCGAAGCUUUCUAAUAUUAAUUUCGAUACAAAACCAUUUUAAGGCAUUUUAGUUUUAAAUGCUUUUGCUUUUCAUACAAUUGGAACAUAUGCUAGUUUAUUUGUUAUAUUUCAGUUCAGCAAAACAGUUAAGUAACCAGAAAUAAAUGGUGUAAUUUGCAAUUUUUUGUAUAUAAUAGAAGAAUAUUUUUCCUGCUCUCAUUUUAGUUUCUUUGUUAUUUGUAAAUGUAGAAUUUGUAUGUUUAUGGUCUACACAUGUGCUAAGAGCCCUUUUAGAACAUUAACACUUCCAAUAUGUGUCAUAUAACAAGAUUUCUGAUUGAAAGUGGAUUUUAUGAGUUCAGUUUAUGCUGUCUAAAAUUUAUUUUUCUAAAUGAGGAAUCCAGCUUUAGGCUAAAAUUCUUGUGACAUGACACAUAUACAGAUAUACAGUGUUUACGGUUUAGAAGGAUGAAUAUUUCUCGCAAAAAGAGCCAACACAGAUUUGCCGCUUGUACAUAUCCCAAACACAGGCAGGCUGUCAAGAUGGACCCACUGCUGAUUGGUCACUAUUUUCAGACAGAAUUGUCAUUGGUUAGAUUUUUAAUAUUAAAUCUUAUCUCUUACAAAACAAAUAAUUUUAAGGAUCUUCUGCAUUAUCUGUUUCGUCAAUAAUAUUUGCAUCUUUUAAAACAUGCAACACCUUGUUAUAAGUUUUAUUUCAAAGGAAAGUAUUUCUCCUAAGAACAUCUGAACAUUGCCAAUAUUGAGCAUUGUAUUCCAAGCAUAUUUUGAAUGACAAUAAACUGUCCUGUCAGCGGUAGGUCCAAAGUAGCCCAUGAUCAAAACUAUCAGAAGGGACACCCAUCUCCCCAUCAUGUCUGUAUAUAGCAAUAUUUGAAUCACUGUUGAUUGAUCAAAGUGUAUCCACGUUGUUAUCAAUUGUUGAAGAGUUAUCCAGUUAAUAAUUUAUGUCGGUAUUGUUUAUUAUAUGUUUAUAUACUUGUUGCUUUAUAAAGAUAUUUUUGAAGAAUGGCUUACAGUGCAUAUUUGUACUAUACGUGUCUAUAUACAUGUACACAAACAUAGUAAUUUGUACUUGUAUCUCGUAUAUUCCGUCCAUGACUUUUACACAAGUUUUACACUUUUUUUGUGAUUUACAUCAUUUUUGGAGUUUUAUUAAGAUUAUAGAAAAAAGUUAUGCAAAUAGCUGAAUUGUUACAGCACUAAAGAAAGUCAUAUUAAAAUAUUUGACAUGAAGGGAAAUCAUUGAUACGAUUUCAAAUGAUAUCACUGACUGUAUAUUAUUUUGCUUGAAUGAAAUAAACAUUUUAAAUAUA